UCAGUAGGACUACAUUACCCGGCGUUCCGUCACCCUUUAGCUAUGGUGGUGUUCAGUGUUUAUGUGGUGAAUAAAGCGGGGGGCUUGAUAUAUCAGUAUGACAAUUAUUCGCCUCGCACUGAUGUGGAGAAGACCUUUAGCUACCCGCUGGACAUGGUGCUAAAGGUGUAUGACGAGCGGGUGGUGGUGUCUUUUGGUCAGAGGGAUGGCAUUAAAGUCGGAUAUGCUGUUCUUUCAGUCAAUGGGAUGGAUGUAAAUGGAAGAUACAUGGCUGACAACAGGGAUGUGCUGGAGUAUUUAAACACCUCUUUUAAUUAUCCUUUGGCAAUUCGGUUUGGACGGCCUCGUUUGACAUCCAAUGAGAAAUUAAUGUUGGCCUCCAUGUUUCACUCGUUAUUUGCAAUUGGUUCCCAGUUGUCACCAGAGCCUGGAAGUUCUGGGAUUGAAGUGUUAGAAACGGACACUUUCAAACUGCACUGUUUUCAAACCCUAACAGGAAUUAAGUUCAUUGUGUUGGCUGACCCUCGACAAGCUGGAAUUGAUUCCCUCCUACGGAAGAUUUAUGAAAUUUAUUCAGACUAUGCUCUUAAAAACCCAUUCUACUCUCUUGAGAUGCCAAUCAGGUGUGAUCUCUUUGAACAGAAUUUGAAAGUGGCUUUGGAAGUAGCAGAAAAGGCUGGAACAUUUGGAGCAACAUCUUGACCCCCAUCUAUGCAGCUGGAGUCUCUUCAGAGGGUUUAGUACAUUGUGCUGUUCUGUAUUUAUUUUGUAUUCAGAAAUAAUGAAAACAUUUUGGGCCAAGAAACUGAAUCCAGUGAAGUGUAAUGUGAUAUGAAAUGGAAAUGUACAUAGGAUGUAAGCAAAUAGUCAUUCUCUUCUUUCAUCAGCACCCCCCACCCCUACAACUAGUGUUGCGUGCACCUUCAGAAGGCAAUCAUUCCUUACUUGGAGAUCUAGCUUGCCAUCUCCAGCCUACACAAGGUCCUCAGGAGAACUAAGUGUUGCAUUUACUUAAUCCCUUUCAAAGUAAAUUAAUUAUCAAAAUACGUAUACAUCACCAUAUUCAUUUUCUUCCAGGCAUAUACAGUAGACCUAUAGUUUUUCUAUGAGAAACUGUUCACAAAGUUUUGACAAACAACCAUUGUGCAAAUACAAAAGUUACCUAAUAAAUAAUACUGAGAACAUGAGUUGUCGAGUCCUUGAAUGUGAAUUCAUAGGUUGUGGAAUCAGUUCAGUUUUGGGAUGAGUGAAGAUAUCCACACUGGUUCAGAAGCCUCAUGGUUGGAGGGUAAUAACUGUUCCUGAACCUGGUGGUUCAGUAUUGUAAAAUCACUUUGUAGUCAAUAAAGUGUAGUUACUGUUAUAAUUGGUAGUGUCCAUUGGCAGAUGUUCCCACAAGUAUCAAUCCAAUAAUAACCAAGCAAAAGUUUAAUGCAAUUCUAUUAAUCUGUAAUUUUCCAUCCCCAAACCCCAACCUCCCUCUAUACAAGUGUUUGUCCAGAUACUUAAAACAAGAGAGCAUUUGCCUCUGCCCUUAGACAGUGCUUGGCAAAUUCAGUCACUCUCUGCAUUUAAAAAUAUUCUUCAAUCUUCUCCCCAUGCACUAAAUCUGUGGAUUUCCUACUAUCUACCCUAUCUGUGUUUCUCUGCACUUAAUGUAUCACUUCAAGGAGGCAGUAAUGCACAUGAAUAUGGAGACGAGACUACAGAUGCUGGAACCUGGAGCAACAAAGAUGCUGCCUUUUCAUCUGUUGGUGCUCAGGAAUAUUCCUGCCAUGAGACGGCAACAGUGCACAUAAAUAUGCCAGACAGAACCAUGGACUGUUUAUUCCCAUCCACAGAUGCUGUCUGACCUGCUGAGUUUCUCAGCAUUUUGUGUGUGUUGCUUUAAAUAUACUUGUGAUUAGGUUUAUGUAAUAGCCCAUCAACAAAGGACUUCUGUGAUUAGAAGGGUUUUCCAGCGGAUAUAAGUUAGUUCAGCGCGUAGAGAUGUUGUUGCAGUUUGUAGACAGGAGAGCAUGUCAUGUUCCAGUGGCAGCACUAAAGGAAAUGUUGAAGGAGCCCAGACUGAAUCAGAUUUAUUAUCACUGAUUCAAAUUACAUGAAAUGUGUUGUUUUGAGGAAAAAGUACAGUGCAAAGACAAAAUUGCUAUAAAUUGUGAACUUAAUAAAAAGUACAAGAAAUG